CAGCUGUUCUUUAUAUAUUUUGGAUAUUGAAAGCUUAUUGGGAUGCAGGGGUGCACAUGCACAGGUGACACACAGAAGGACAAGGCAGAGCACUGGAGCUGCCGGCCAGGUCUGCUUCUGGUCCACACCGCCUGUUGCACUGCCCAUCCAGCGUCCGCCGACAUGGGAGUGCAUGUGGACACCAUCUCCACCAGAGAUGGGCGCACUUUCCCAAAGCAUGGCCAGACCUGUGUGGUGCACUACACAGGGAUGCUUGACUAUAGAAAGAAAUCUGAUUCCUCCCGGGACAGAAACAAGCCCUUUAAGUUUAUGCUAGGCAAGCAGGAGGUGAUCCGAGGCUGGGAAGAAGGGAUUGCCCAGUAGAUAAGUGUGGGUCAGAGAGCCAAACUGGCUAUCUCCCCAGACUAUGCCUAUGAUGCCACUGGGCACCCGGGCAUCAUCCCACCAAACACCACUCUCGUCUUUGAUGUGGAGCUUCUAACACUGGAAUGA